CGCUUUAUAAGAACGUCUACAUCUUUACUUGGUAGUUUGAAACCGUGGAAUAAACUCAAGAUUUUCUCUCUCUGAUCAGCAAUACUACUAUUUCCUCACAUUAAAAUCAAUAAAGUCUUCAUCUUUUCUGUGUGUUUGCCACUGGGAUUAGAUUCUUGAUUUAAAUUUCCCUAUGGGGUUUGAUAAAGACAAAGCAAGUUCAUCAUCCCAUGUUCUACAAAUCCCAAGAGAAGAUACACCACUUUUAACAGACACCCAACACCUUUCUUCAUCCUCCAAAACUUUUGCUAAUGUUUUCAUAGCAGUGGUUGGAGCUGGAGUUCUUGGCCUUCCUUAUAGUUUCAAGAAAACAGGAUGGGUUAUGGGUACUCUCAUGCUUUUCUCAGUAGCCUCACUUACUUACUAUUGUAUGAUGCUUUUGGUCUAUUCAAGAAGAAAGCUUGAAUCCCAUUACAAAGUUGCCAAGAUUUCAUCUUUUGGUGACUUGGGAUAUGCUGUGUGUGGAUCCAUAGGUAGAUGUACUGUAGAUGCUAUGAUUGUUCUUUCCCAAGCUGGUUUUUGCAUCAGUUACCUGAUUUUCAUAGCCAAUACUUUAGCAUACAUAUUUAACUAUUCUGUGACAAAUCAAGAACCCAAAAUCAUGGGGUUGUCACCUAAGAAGGUGUAUAUUUGGAGUUGUUUGCCAUUUCAGUUGGGGUUAAAUUCAAUUCCUACCCUUACCCAUUUAGCCCCUUUGAGUAUAUUUGCUGAUGUUGUUGAUUUAGGUGCUAUGGGGGUAGUUAUGGUUGAGGAUGUGUUGAUCUUUCUCAAGAACAGACCAGUUCUUGAAGCAUUUGGUGGGUUCAGUGUUUUCUUCUAUGGUCUUGGUGUCUCUGUUUAUGCUUUUGAAGGUGUUGGAAUGGUUUUACCUUUGGAAGCAGAGAUGAAAGACAAGGACAAAUUUGGGAAAAUUUUGGGCUUGUCAAUGACUUUCAUUUCUUUGAUGUAUGGUUCUUUUGGAGUAUUAGGUUAUUUUGCCUUUGGUGAAGAGACUAAAGAUAUAAUCACUACCAAUCUUGGGAGGGGAUUGCUUAGCACCUUAGUGCAGAUUGGACUCUGCAUAAAUCUGUUUUUUACUUUCCCACUGAUGAUGAACCCAGUUUAUGAAGUGAUGGAAAGGAGAUUUUGUGAAGGCAGAUACUGUUUUUGGCUAAGAUGGAUUGUUGUUUUGUCAGUCACUUUAGUGGCAUUGAUGGUGCCAAAUUUUGCUGAUUUUUUGUCACUAGUUGGGAGCAGUGUGUGCAUUGUUCUUGGGUUUGUGUUGCCUGCUAUGUUUCACUUAAUUGUGUUCAAGAACGAACUUGGCUGGCGUUGUUUGGCUUUUGAUGCUGCACUUGUUUUAAUGGGUGCAUUUCUUGCAGUCUAUGGAACCUAUUCUUCCAUGCUGGAGAUCUUUGGAGUCAAAGCUUGAAGUUGGCUACUUGCUUCAUAUUUACUACAAUUCAAGUGAAUCAUGAAAGAUAUUUCAUGUACUCUCUGGUUUAGGUUGAGUUCAAAUUACUCCCAAGUACAUUUUAUUUUAUCUUGUCGCAGAGUCAGAUUGUGGAUUCAAUAGAACUCAUUGCAUAUGCCAAAAACAAAAUGUGUACAUAUAAUAAGAUCAAACUCGUUGUGAA